AUGGGGGAGAUAUUCAUCCCUCCCUCUACUCCCGCUGACACUCAGCCCCGAUCACUUCCCCAUGUGGCGUCUUCGCGGUCUCAGAAUGCAGACGCGAAGUUAACGUUAACGGCACCAACUACUCCAAAGACGACUCCGUUGAUCAUGGUGGAAGGGUUCUUAUCCGCUACCGGAUCAAUCGGUUGGUCGCCCUUACGGAAGUACCUUGCGGGGUUUGAGGGGAUGCUUGGGGAGAGGGAGGUUAUGAUUGCUAGCGUUGGACCUGUUAGCUCUUUACAUGACCGAGCUUGUGAGCUUUACUACACUAUCAAGGGCGGAACAGUCGACUACGGAGAGGAACACGCGAGGCAGAACGGGCAUAAACGAUUUGGUCGUCACCAUUUAACAGGAUUGUACCCGACCUGGUCACUGUUUAACCCGUUGCAUUUUCUUGGACAUUCAAUCGGUGGAACGACUAUUAUGAAACUGCAAUACCUUCUUUCUAUCGGUUUCUUUGGUAGUGAGGGACAUCCGGAUAUGAUUCUUUCAGUAACUACAGUAUCAGCUCCUUUCAGAGGAACACAACUCGUCUACAGCCUCGGCGAACGCAAAGACAGUGCUCCCGCCGUCCGCCCCUUCUCCGUCGGCUCAGCAAUCGCAAAGGCAGUACACGUCCUCUCCUAUUUUUCCCCUCUCCUCCCCAAGUCAAUCGACUUGCACUCCGACAGUCGCGCACUAUCAUACCACGAAUCCAGUUUCAAAGAGUUUCUUCAUCAUUUAUGGAGGAGCGAUUGGGCCGAAGGACGGGACGCCACGCCAUUCGACUGUACCUUCGAUGCAGCCGACGAACGAGAUGCAACAGACAAGGAGGGCGUUUGUAAUCCACGGACUUAUUAUACAAGCUUCACAGCUUUAUUCGUAAGUCGGGAGAAGCUCCUCUGCACAAUUAAAGAAGACACUCAUGCAAUUCUUACAUUAUUUUCACUAAACAAAUACUCACAGACAAAGCGAAUUUCCUCAGACGGCCCAAAGCACUCUCCACAUCUGUCCAACAUCCUAUUUCCGCCGCUCUACCUCGGCGCACGGGCAAUCGGGACAUUCGAUUUCUCAGCACUAAAACCUCCACCUUCUUUCCUUCGCGCUCGAGUCCCUCAACUCAAUUCUCUUUCUCCCAUCCCUCUUUCGAUGUCUUCGAAAUCACAAUUACCAUCACGAAUUGCGAUCUCCCGAGUCCGAAUUUCCCCGAAACCUGAUGUCGAGGAAGCAGCCAAGACACAGCAAAACUUAAUCGACGGGACAGGGUUGAGUGAGCACUACUGGGCAAACGACGGCGUCGUACCCGUAUUUUCCCAAUGGCACCCCCGCGAAUGCACAGCUACCAAAUGCAUACACCACGAGGCAUCCCUGUCUCCUCGGACACAACGAUCUUCUCGAAAAAGCAUAGAACCGGGAAUCUGGAACGUUUACACAUUAGAGAACACGCAUCAUCUUUCUAUUCUCCCUUUAUGGAUUGGGUCUUCUCAUCAAAGGGACUUUUGGUCGGAUUUGGGGAACUUGUUGCAUGAUAUAGAGAGUGACACUCGACGCCUGUAUAAUUAA